AUGUGGUGCACCAAUUGGACAAGGAAAGGGGCAUUACUGCUGAAGAUUUCAAGCUCAUCAAAUUUCACACUUCCCACUAUCCGUAGGCCAAGAACAAUCACACAGUUAACAUGCUCAACAAAGCGGUGGUCCCCUCCUUUUAUAGAUCGUUUGCCAUAUGCAUAUUCCUCACGGCUGUCAGCAACAAACAACGUCCGUCCCCCUCCGUCACAGCACAUGCCCUCCUCACUUUCCAUGCACUUUUCAUGCCACACGCCCUCCCUUGAAUGCCAACUCGGAUGCCACUUGUACCCAUUAUUCCCUUAGCUUUAUUUUCCACGUACUCCUAAUAUCAUGAUGCAUGCGAUCACACGUCCCCUUCAGCAAUGCAUGCAUCAGUGUGUGUGUGGCAGUAAGAACAAUUUCGAUUUGGUUUUCAAGAAAUUUGCUUAUCACGUGUUGUGUUAUUCUUGGCUCAUUUUCUUUAUAUUGGUUUGAUCUUGCUGUGUGUUUUUAAAAUUUUAGUGUGUGUGUUUUUGCUCCCUUUUUGAUGAAAGGUAUCGUGGAGUUGGCACACUAUGUCGAAGUGCGGCAGAGGGUCGCAGCUACGGCCAUUACAUACAUGAGACGUCUCUAUACCAGGAAAAGUAUGACGGAAUAUGAUCCGUGCCUGGUUGCUCCGACCUGCUUGUACUUGGCAGCUAAAGCCGAAGAAUGCACAGUGCAUUCCAAACUCGUUGCUUUUCAAAUCACGAAAGAUCUAAGUGAUGUGAAGUACUUUAAAGAGAUACGCAAGAUGGAAAUGAAAAUCUUGGAAGCCCUCAACUAUUAUUUACUUGUAUUCCAUCCUUAUCGAUCAAUGACUCAGUUUCUUCAGGAUGCUGGCGUGAGUAAUUUGACAGAACAAACUAUGGGGGUCAUUAACGACACAUACAAGAUGGAUCUGAUUCUUGUUCAUCCUCCUCACUUGAUCGCAUUAGCCUGCAUAUUCAUUGCAAGCGUCCAGAAUGAUAAAGAAAUCACGGCUUGGUUUGAGGAGCUUCAUGUUGACAUGAACGUGGUGCGAAGCAUUGCAAUGGAGAUUUUAGAUUUCUACGACAGCUACAAAGUGAUGUCAGAAGGCCCCAGGAUUCGUGCAGUACUGGACAAGCUACGAUGAUCAACUAUGUUUUCGUAGUAAACAGCAGAAACCCGAUAGCAGAUAGAAAAACGGGUUCCACAAUAGCAAAAUCAGAGGCUUAAAGAAGCACAUAUAGUUGCAGGAUGGUUACAUUUCAUUUUCUGAUCUAAAUAGGCAUCACUUUUACUUACAUGUUUGUAUUCAGACAAAAGUUGAAAAGUGGUGUAGUAAUCUUGUUAAUGUAGCAAAAUUGAAGAGGAAUCUCUAUUCUCAACUUUGUUGCUAUUCGAAA